AUGAAGAAGCAGACGAGUGAGGCGCACGAGAAACCGAGGAAGGAGACGAACGAGAAGAAGAAGAAGAAGAAGGGGAGGGGGAAGAAACGGAGGGGGAAGACGGAGGAGAAGAAGGAGCAGGGGAAGGAGAGCAAGAAGGAGAGGACGAAGGAGAGGACGAAGUUCCCACGUGUCGUUUUUCAUCGGACAGAGAAGCAGAAAGCUCACGGAUACCACAAGAGAGAACAGCGGCGUCGGCCGCUCCCGGGGCUCUCGCAUGCAUUUCGACUUGUGAAGAGACGGGGAGAAAAGCACGGAAAAAAAGAGAUAAACAGUCGCGACAGAAGACAAAGGCCCGCCGAAAAGGUACGGCUUCUCGGUGGUGCGAUUGUCUCCUUUCUGUGCACAGUGAGAGACAAAGACGCGACAGGAGAGACUCAGACGGGGGGCGAACGCUGUCGACGCAAAAGCAGGCACACAGUGCCUUAUCGGAGAAGCCGGUCGAGAGGAAGAGCAGCAACGCGGAGGCGAGGGAGAAGAAGCAGUCCUAGACGAAGAAGAAAUGGCAGGCUCUUGAGAUUCAGCAGACAGGCAGCAGAGAGAGUUGCUGCACGGGGGUACAAAAGGGAAGACAAAGCUCCGUGGAAGAAAUCCAGGAUGCGCGAGAGAAACCGCGUUGUCUUGGAGUCCAGAUUGCGGCUGAACACGCUUGCGAAACGCGACCGCCGGUGCGGACAUGGGCGAGGCGCCGCGGGUUGGGGCGAAGAGCCAAUGGGGGAAACGGAGAGGCGAUCAGCGUGCAGGCAGUCUCAGAAGGCAAGCAGUUAA